CGAUUGCUCGUUUUGUGUAUUGUUUGUGUGUCAGUGUGUGCGUGUGCCUGUUCUGUUGUGGUCGUCUGAGGUUUCUUAUAGUGAGACCAAGUGGACGAGACGCAGGUCCUGAUUCUGUUUCAUUGGAUGUCUGGUUGGUUGGUCGGUCGGACGGACUGAGUAGACGGACGGACAGAGAUACAACAGACAACAGACAACAGACAACAGACAACAGACAACAGACAACAGACAACAGACAACAGACAACAGGCAGCAGACACGAAGAUGCAGACACAAAUUCUCGAGGGUCGGUCGACGGGACUCUCCUCGUCCAGUAUGGAUGCGAUGAUCAUUGGAGUGGUCAUUGGGAGUAUGGUACUGCUGGCGGUCAUCGGCAUCUUUGCCUACCUCUGCCACAAGAAACGUGCCAUGCAACGUCGCGAAGACCGUCAAUUCCUCAUCGACCAUCACCUCUCCUUUGCCUUGGGAUACUAUCCCACCCUGCGCGACCUCGAGGCCAACCAGAAGGAACAGCAGCCCGGAGGAGGAGUGACAGUGAGAGAGAUCACAAGCCUUGCUGAUCUUCCUCCUCCAACCCAACCGAUGUCACGGCUCUCGGCUCAUUAUCACAGUCCGGUUGAAGACCUCCUUCGCGAUCCACCGCCCGCCUACCAACCGUUGCCGGCCUAUGAUCCAUCUCGAUAUCAUAGAGUCGAUACUGCUCCUCUUGGGUUGGCUAUCCCAUAUAAUCCUGCUCUGGUUCAGCAGGACGAAAGACCGUCGUCGUUUGUGUUGAGUCCCCCCGCUCCUAUCAUGGCUCAGCGUGACUCGUUCGUUACUCCGAGAUUCUCUUUUCAACCUUCUCCCACGAUAGGACCCAUGCGCGAUCUGAAUGAGGUUUCGUCUCUCUCUUCUUCUAACCCAGACACCAGCGUACAGACGCCUAGACGACCCAAGCCUGUGCUAUCGAGGCUGGUGACUGAUCUUCGCUGAUGGUGGAGGGAAGUAUUUCGUUGUCUCCUUGAUGUCGCUCGCUUAUAGAUUGAU